AUGAAGCCGUUAUCGUUCAUCCUAGUCGUCUCGACCCUGAUCUCGGUCACUUUCGCUUCUGGAGAUUGCCCCAGUCAUUGUUCAUGUGCUGAGAAGUCGAUACAGUGUGAAAAUGUGGACCCAACAGCUCUAUCCGUCCUUGUCGAUGAGGUUAUUUCCAUCCUGGAUGGCAGCACGCUUGACAAGCUCACGAUCAAGCGAUGCACGGGUUCAAUCAAAGAGUUCAACUUGAAAUUCCCAGCUGCGAUGAAGGUGAAGUCAUUGGAAAUCUCGAGCUGUGGAAUUGAGAAGAUUGGAAAUGGAGUGUUCGACAAGUUGAGUGGAUUGGAGGAACUUCAUCUGCCUAACAAUGCCUUCCGGGUUAUCCCCUUGUUGGGAAAGCUGAAUAAGCUCAAAGCCUUGAAUCUGAACAAGAAUAGGGUAAGAGUUUUACGCUCAAUUUUUCUUAUAAAGGUUGUUAUUUUUGGCUGAUUCCCGUAAUUGUAGUCGUUACCUAGUUUUGUUUCAGUUGACUUCGCUUGCCGAUGGAUCUCUUUCUGGUUUGGAUGAACUGACUCACUUGAGAUUGAGGCACAAUAAUAUUUCGACUAUCCGGACGUAAGUGCCAUUCUUGCUUUUAGGGUCAAUGGAAUUAGCGGGGAUCUUUUCGUAUCUUUGUUUAACGGGCAGUAUUUGAUGUCGAUCCGUUUUCUCUCCGCCAUCGACUUGAGAAGCAGUCAAGGGCGGCUGACCUCGAUCUCAGUUUUACCGCAGGAAACGCGGAGAGGGCGAUUUCGGGGGGAGAAAAUCCACAAUAAUCACCGAAAAGGCAUUCAUGCAUGGUGAAGAAAAAAAUGAAUCCCCCGCGGACUGAAAAUUGGAAGGUGAAAUUGAAAUCCUUUACGGGAAAAUAUGAAGCAGGGAUAGCAAAAAUUGGGGAAAUAAAUAAAUAAAAUUCAGUAGAGUGGGCCCGUUUUGUCUCCUUUUAUUUUUUUGUCCCCAGAAAAAUUUUGUCCCCUAGCCGGUUGUAGCUGGGCGCAUCGUGUUUAGAUCACAGUUGGUUACUGUACAAACUACAAUGUAAUUGAGGUAGUAUUAGCACCUGAUACUAUAUAGUACGAGGUAAAAAUUGGGUCAGAAGGUGUUCAUGCUGUUGGUUUGAUAACCAAUACUGCGAAAAACUAUGUACAAAGCCGUCCUGGGGACAAAAAAGUCCCAAAAAAUGGGGCAAAAACGCCCAGUGGAAAAACCGGACGAAAACGUUCAAUACAAUUCAUCAAUAAGCAAUGGAUUUCAGAACAUCUCUGGCAGAAGUGAAGUCCCAUCUUGUCCUUCUUGAUCUCUCUCACAACUCGCUAACAAAUGUUCCUGCCCAAAACAUUCGUGGUGCCAUGAAAUUGACCUACCUGGACCUGUCUUACAACAAGAUAAAUUUAAUUCAGCAAUUGGAAUUUGUCAAUCUGAUAAAGUUGAAAGAAUUGCGGCUGAACAACAACAAAUUAGGAAGUUUGAAUCCUAGAUCUUUCAUGAACGUUCCCAGCAUCACACAUAUCAGUCUUCAAGAGAACCAACUGAAGGAAGUUUUGAUGUUGAAUACCUUCGAGCAGCUUGAAUUUGUCAAUAUUAGCUUUAAUGCUUUAACAAGGGUAAGUGGUAUGGUGUCAAUGAUUACUUUUUAGUGUCCGCUCUUCAAAGAUUUCUCAAGUCUCCGUCAAGUCAUCCUAAACGGCAACAAGAUACAGAAGAUCGAAACAAUGACUUUUAGUUCGUGUCCCAAACUUGAAGUCAUCGACCUUAGGGUAAGGUGUGUCAUAAGAACAUUUAAUAAUUUUUAGGAUAAUGACAUUGCGGUAAUUGCUCGAAAUUCGUUCGACUCAUUGCCGGAGGUCAAGAAUGUUCUGCUUUCUGAGAAUGAUCUGACAUCCAUUCCAAAAGGAUCUCUUGAUGGUCUGAAUGCUGUGCAAAGUCUCUCAUUGGCCAAUAAUACCAUUUCUGAGAUUACAAAGGAUUCCUUCACGUCUGUUCCCAAUGUGACAGUAUUGUCCUUGGCCAAUAAUAGUAUUCAUGAAAUUCCGAGGGACACCUUUACGAGCAAUACCAAGUUGUAUUGGUUGGAUCUUUCGAACAAUGGUCUGGAGACGAUUGAAGACGGCUCGCUGCCUCCAAAGGUUGGAAAUAUCCUAUUAAAUGGUGUGUUUUCAAAUGUUAUUUUUAGAUUAGAUUUGACUUUCUUUUAAUGGCAAAGUUUUUAGGUAACAAUUUGAAUUGUGAUAACAAAUUCGACUGGUUCGUCAAAUACUUGGUCUCCAAUAACGUGAGGACCUUCCUCCCUGAGCAGCCUGAAGUCACCUGUAACUCUCCUGAAGAAUUCUACGGAACUCGUCUAAAAGAUCUGAUGAUUAAGAAGGCAAACCACACUCUAACACAGUCUAUGAGGCAACUGGGUUUAGAUCAGAACACUCAAGCGAGGAACGAACUUAUGAAUCGCAUUCUUCCCGCAUUGGGAAAUUUUGGUGGUGGAACUGGUGGCGGGGGCGCCUCUCCUGUCCUGAAUAGCCUCAGUCAAGCACUUCCGGCAUUGCGGAAUAUUCCUGGCCUGAGUAUGCUGCCAUCCCCUCAGCCAGGAAGUGAUCCAGCCUCUAGAAAUCUUGAUUCGGCCGUCGAACAAUUUGCCGAGCCAUUGGUCAGAUUGGCUUCUGGGGGUCAGGCUGUUCCAUCUGACAUCAACAAUUUCAUUAAGUCCAUCCCCAAUCUUGUAGUAAAUAUUCCUGGAGUUGGAGAUGUCGACAUCAGCAAGGUAUGUGAAGUUUUUGACAUUUUUCUGGACAUUGUCGUUUUACGUAUUCUGUGAUUUUAGCUUCCUCCAAGUCUGAUCGAACAUGUUCUGAAGGGUGGUCAGAUUCCAGGUGUACCCAAGGAGACUCUUCAAGGUGUUGUGAAGCAGUACAUGCAGCGAGUGUACGCAGCUGCCGCUCAGGCCCAGGGAAAACAAAUGGAUUCAGAUAUUCUACAGGAUGUCCCCAACGCUUUAAAUCUUGAUCCAAAGAAGUAUCUCAAACCGCUGACCGAGUUGCCUUCCCAAUUCGUUACAAAUGUUAUGAAGGGAGAGCCUCUCCCAUUCUUGACCUCGAAUCAGACUGACGUCAUAAAGGUAGGCAUAAGGGGAGCUUUGUUAUGGAGCAUUUUUAGACCUUUUACACCCAAGGGAUUCCCAUUGAAGGUAAAACUGGAGAAGAGGGAACUUUAGCGUUCACUCCCAAUAUGCUGAAUAUGCUCAAGUUGUUACCUCCGGGAUAUGACUGGAGCAAACUACCGGAGAACGUAACCAAGGCAGUGAUGCGAGGAGAGCUUCCGAAUCUAGCGGACUUGCCGCAAGAGCUGCAGAACCAUAUAAGGGACAAUUUGGAUUCGCUGAUUAAAUCUCUCGGAAAUACGGUAGGGUGUACCGUUUCAGUCAUUAAUUCGUUCUAGCCCGACCUUUCUAUUGACGAAAUCAUGAAGAAGUUGCCCAACUUUACGAGGCCCGAAGAUGUGGAGACAUUUGCGCCUUAUGACAUCAACAAAAUCGAUGCGGACCUUGUUGUAAAAGGAACUGGCGACGUGGAGACUAUGCGAUUUUAUAUUGCAAUUGCUUUGGGAAUGGUUUCAGCGAUCACGAUCGUCGUAUUGGCAGUGUUCUGCUGGUACUCUCGUAAACAACAAGAGGAAGGGCAAUCGAUCCAUCCGGCCGCCGGCCCUUUGUGUUCCAGCACGCCCAGAAGGCCUAAGUUGUCGUGUAAUGAGGAGGAGCAUCUGGAGAGAGGGAACCCGGCCUUCACCGAACCUCUCACAAGUCCACGAAACAGUCGACUCAAUGAUUCGUCCGUUUACCACCGACAUAACAUUUCAAGCUCACAUCAGUACGUGUAAUUUAAUUACCGGUGUAUUAUUUCUUAGUCUUUCUUGUAACCCUUGA